GAAUCCUGUCCUAUUCUCUGAUCUCCUCAUAACAUCUGCAGUCGCGUAUCAAAAAGAGCAGCACUCUAGCCGCCCCGAUACCAUUGCUAAAAAAACCCUAGCCGAAUUCGAAGUCCCCAAAGCCAUCCUCCUCCCGUCUCCUAAUCCUCCUCCAAUCUCUUCGCCGGACGGCCGAACCGAUGCCGGGGGACAACGUGACGGCCGGCCCCGCUGCUGCUGAUCCGUCGGUCGCGGAGAUGGCGGCGGCCUCCCUCGCCCCCGACGCCGAAUCGGUACUGGAGCCAUCGCGCCACCGAACCUUCAUCAAAUCGAUCGUCGGCGGCGCCGCCACGGUGGAGGAGCUGGUGGGGCGGAAGGUGGUGGUCGGCGGGUGGGUGAAGACGGGGAGGGAGCAAGGGAAGGGUACGUUCGCGUUCUUGGAGCUCAACGACGGUUCCUGCCUCGCGAAUCUCCAGGUCAUCGUGGACGCCGGGGUAUUCCCGCUAUCGCAGCUCGUCGCCACGGGGACGUGCGUGCUGGUGGAGGGCGUGCUCAAGAAGCCCCCCGAGGGGACGAAGCAGAAAGUCGAGCUCAAGGUGGAGCAGGUCCUCGAGGUUGGGCCGGUGGAUCCCAGCAAGUAUCCGCUCCCCAAGACUAGGCUCACCCUCGAGUUCCUCCGGGACUUCGUCCACCUCCGAGCCCGCACCAACACGAUAUCGGCAGUUGCACGAAUCAGAGACGAAUUGGCUUAUGCGACUCACACAUUUUUCCGUCAAAAUGGGUUUCGCUAUGUGCAUACUCCUAUAAUUACUACGAGUGAUUGUGAGGGAGCAGGUGAAAUGUUUCAAGUUACAACACUGUUUAGUGAUGCUGAAAAGGUGGAGAAAGAGUUGAAGCAAAACCCUCCACCAUCAGAAUCUGAGAUCGAGGCUGCUAAGCUUCUCGUCAAGGAGAAAGGAGAGGCUGUUGCACAUCUAAAAUCAUUAAAAGCAAGCAAGGAAGAGAUCAGUGCUUUUGUGUCUGAACUCACGAAGGCAAAGGAAAGUCUAGCAAAACUGGAAGAGAGAUUUAUGAUGAAACCUGGGAUUCCUCAGAAAGAUGGGAGGAUUGAUUAUGCUCGUGAUUUUUUUGGGCGUCAAGCUUUUCUUACUGUAUCUGGCCAACUUCAGGUUGAGACUUAUGCUUGUGCCCUAGGUAAUGUAUAUACAUUUGGACCAACUUUUCGAGCUGAACACUCCCACACUUCGCGACAUUUAGCAGAAUUUUGGAUGGUUGAGCCAGAGAUAGCAUUUGCAAAUUUGGAGGAUGACAUGAAUUAUGCAGAGAACUAUGUGAAAUUUCUCUGCCAAUGGUUACUUGACCAUUGUCGUGAAGAUAUGGAAUUCAUGGUGAAGCAGUUUGAUAAGACAGCUAUGGACCGUCUGAAGCUUGUUUCUUCAACACCAUUUGUGCGCAUUUCAUAUACAAAGGCUGUGCAGCUUUUAGAAAAUGUAACAGACAAGAAGUUUGAGAACAAGGUGGAAUGGGGAAUGGAUUUAGCAUCUGAGCAUGAAAGGUACUUGACAGAGGUGAUAUUUAAGAAGCCAGUCAUUGUCUAUAAUUAUCCUAAAGGGAUAAAAGCAUUUUAUAUGAAGCUUAAUGAUGAUAAGAAGACAGUAGCAGCUAUGGAUGUGCUUGUGCCCAAGGUCGGUGAGCUGAUUGGGGGAAGCCAAAGGGAGGAACGCUUGGAGGUUCUUGUAGACAGAAUACAAGAGGCGGGAUUACCUCUUGAGCCAUAUGAAUGGUAUCUUGAUCUCCGCCGCCAUGGGAGUGUCAAGCACAGCGGAUUUGGUUUGGGCUUUGAACGAAUGAUUCUCUUUGCUACCGGCAUUGACAACAUUAGAGAUGUGAUCCCUUUCCCAAGGUACCCAGGGAGGGCUGAUCUUUGAAUUUCUGUUAUUGUUUCCUGUACCAGAGUGAUGAAUGGUUUGAUCCAAUAUAUAAUUAAUUACAGCAUUACUUGGUAUUUACAUUUUAAUUGAGGAAUCUAGGUUAUAGGAUCAAGGAGUUGAUCUCAAGAACGGAUGUUUUGGCUGUUUCUGUCAUCAUAAUGACUCAUUUGGAUGAUUUUUAGUGAUACGUGAGUACUGUUAAAAUA